AUGAAUGGAAGGAAUACUUCGCAGAGCUGGGGGGUGCAGGGGGAACUCUUGGAGACCGAUGCCUUCGGGUCUCUCUUAAUUGCUUUUGAUAAUUUUAGUGUCUUGCUUAACCAAACAAAUCGCUCUUGGGAGGACUUCUACAACCUCACAGACGAAUUUGGUAAAUCCGAUUUCAUGGGCGAUGGAUGGGGUAUUCUGAGAAUAACUAUUUCUGUUAUUUAUUCCGUGGUAUGUGCUCUUGGGUUAAUUGGAAAUAUUCUUGUUUUAUACCUAAUGAAAGCCAAGCAAGCAUGGAAGAAAUCGUCUAUCAACCUCUUUGUGACCAGUUUGGCUGUAACAGACUUCCAGUUUGUUUUAACACUGCCUUUUUGGGCUGUGGAAAACGCAAUGGAUUUCACGUGGCUUUUCGGGAAAGCAAUGUGUAAGAUCAUUUCCUUCGUGACUGCAAUGAAUAUGUAUGCAAGUGUCUUUUUUCUCACGGCAAUGAGUGUUGCGCGAUAUUACUCUGUAGCCUCUGCGCUGAAGCACAAACGACGCCGUCUGCGCUUUUCUGCAAGGUGGAUGAGUGUCGCUGUAUGGAUCUCAGCGAUAGUGGCUGCUCUACCAAACGCGGUGUUCUCCACAACAGCCACCGUGUCAAAUGUGGAGCUAUGCUUGGUGAAAUUCCCUGUCAGAAAAGGCGACGCGCCGUUUUGGCUGGGGCUAUACCACGCACAGAAAGUACUGGUGGGAUUUCUCAUUCCAUUAGGAAUAAUAUCCGUUUGUUAUCUCCUACUUUUGCGCUUCAUUACGAACAAAAACGUGAACACUUCUAGUGCAAAGAGACGUUCCAAAGUAACGAGAUCUGUGACUAUAGUUGUUCUCUCUUUCUUCCUCUGUUGGUUGCCUAAUCAAGCUCUGACAGCUUGGGGUAUUCUUAUAAAACUCAACGUUGUUCACUUCAGUGAUGAAUAUUACACUACUCAAGCUUACAUAUUUCCCGUGUCUGUUUGUCUAGCACACUCAAACAGCUGCCUAAAUCCAAUAUUGUACUGUUUAAUGCGAAGGGAGUUCAGAAAAGCUCUGAAAAAAUUGUUUUGGCAAAUUACUUCUCCUUCUGUCACGAACAUGAGACCAUUAACAGCCUCGAGUAAGCCUGAGAACGAGGAGCAGGCGAAUGCCCUGGUGCGCCUCAACCCACCAGAGCCCGCGCUUUUAUUCUAUCCGCCAGGUGUUGUCAUCUACAACGGGAAGAAUGACCUUCUUCCUAAUAGUACAUAACACAUGAUAGGCUAGUCAUACUGUAUAUGUUUCAAUUUGUUGGUUCACUGACCAUCAUUCCUAUUGUCCAUUUUACUUUAAUUGACCAUUUCAGUUCUUCAUUAAUUCACGUCUGAUCACCUCAGUUGAGUGCGAAAU